CGAUUUACCAACACUACAAAAUUGUUGCUAGUCGCAUUUAGUUUGUUUACUUCAGUUGUACAUUUUUUAAAAAGUGAAUUGAGAAGCAAAUAUUAUGCCGUCUCUCGGGAAAAUUAUUGUGCUGCUGACCUCAAUAGCCACAUUCAGCUAUACCUUUUAUGUGGUCAGCAAGCUGACGCUGUUUCUCUCCCAGCCGCGAUCCAUUUCAAGAGCGCACACCUGGAUCUUUAAUCUGCUGGACAACAAAUCGCGCCUGGAAACCGCCUAUGGGCCAAUUGUGUUGGACACUUUGUAUGUGAUUGGCUUCAUUCUGCAGCACAGCUUCUUCAAGUCAGCAUUGGUGAAAAAUCUCAUCUGCAAAUUGCACUUGGUUGCUGCAGAGCGAACUAUUUAUACUCUGACGUCAUCGCUUUGUUUACAUUAUUUACUGCAAAACUGGCUGCCCGCUCAGUCGAUUGUGCUCUGGCAGAUAAACGUGGAUGAGAGCGCACCGCUCUGGUGGACUUUUGUCAUGACCCACAUAUUAUGCUGGACUAUCAUCUACGGCGGCUGUUUUAUAAUGGAUUUGGGUGAAUUGGUGGGCAUCAAGCAGGCCUACUACGAUAUGCUCAACUACUCGGAACCGAUUGCCAAGAAAUCGCUGGAGUUGCGCAAUCUUUACGCACAUGUUCGUCAUCCAUCGUUCGUUGGCUUCACUUUGAUUCUGUUUGUGACCAAUGUGAUGAGCUUCGAUCGGCUGCUGCUCGCCGUACUGCUCACAACAUAUAUGUAUGUGGCUUGGUCCACCGAUCGGACGGAUUGCGCUUACCAGCAGAGGCAGCUGCAGCGCAAGAAACAAGAGCUGAAGACUCAGUGAGGACAACUGUAGAUGUCCAUGCCAUAGCACUAGCACUAGCACUAACACUCUCAAAGCUAUGAAUUUAAUUUUAAUAACACACAUUUUGUAUUUUCUCAUCAGUUUUAUAUAUGUAUUGAAUAAAUGACUAACUCAUUCGCACCACGGACGGAUCGAAUGGUUGGCCUUUGAAUGGC